UCGUUGAACGCGGCACGUGUAUAACUACAACCAGUUAGCAAGUCGGACAUUUCCAAAUUUCCUAGUUCCGACUAGUGUGUGAACGCGGCAUAAUAGCCUAUCCGCCAUUGUGGAAUAGAGUAAGGGAUAUUCCAAUCUGGCAUUAGGCAGUUUCAGAGUGAGUGAUAAAUUGUAGCCGAACGUCAGCUAGAUCGGAAACAUUUAAUACCACCGACAGAUACAAAGUCGCGAUCCUCGGCGCUCGAGAAAACAUUGUAGGGAAAGAUCUGACGACUGGAGAAAAACACCGCCUCUACAUACAGAGAGAGAUUGGAUAACCCGAGACGAGCUGAGAAAAAUACCGGAGUGCAGAAGCAGGAGAAACCGUGGACAGUCACAAACAGCAAUCCGUUUCGGCUCCUGGAGGAUGUCUGCAACCACAGUCGAUCAGAGACCCAAAGGACAAGGAAAUAAAGUGCAAAACGGCUCAAUGCAUCAGAAGGAUGGAGUAAAUGAUGAAGACUUUGAACCUUACCUAAGCAGCCAGACAAAUCAGAAUAACAGCUACCCACCAAUGUCCGACCCCUACAUGCCCAGCUACUAUGCUCCCUCCAUAGGCUUCCCUUACUCCCUGGGGGAGGCCCCCUGGUCCACCGCGGGGGAUCCCCCCAUGCCCUACCUGACCACCUACGGACAGAUGAGCAACGGCGAGCACCACUUUCUCCCCGACGGGGUGUUCAGCCAGCCGGGCGCCCUGGGCAACACCCCUCCCUUCCUCAGCCAGCCGGGCGCCCUGGGCAACACCCCUCCCUUCCUCAGCCAGCACGGCUUCAACUUCUUCCCUGGAAACGCAGACUAUUCCACCUGGGGCACUAGUGUCUCUCAGGGCCAGUCCACACAGAGCAGCGUCUAUAGUAAUAGUUAUGGUUACACACCUAGUUCCCUGGGGAGGGCUAUAGCUGACGGACAGGCGGGCUUUAGCAGUGACACCCAGCUCAGUAAGGUCCCAGUGCUGAGCAGCAUCGAGCAGGGCAUGACGGGGUUAAAACUGGGCACGGACAUGGGCGCCGCCGUCACCAAGACUGUCGGCUCGCCCCUCGGGGGCACGUUGGGCAUGAGUAGCAUGGCGGCCAAUAGCAUGCCACCGUUGGUUAGUUCCUCCGCCCCCACACCCACAUCCUGGGCAGCCAUCGCCAGGAAGCCGGCCAAGCCCCAGCCCAAGGUCAAGCCCAAAGCCAACAUGGGGAUGGGGGGCCCUGCCAUUCCCCCGCCGCCCAUCAAGCACAACAUGAACAUUGGCACCUGGGAUGAUAAGGGCUCCCUCAACAAGCCCCCCUUAGCUCAGGCCAUGAUGCCCCCUCAGACCAUGGUGCAGCAGACCCUGAUGGGCCAGCCCCAGCCCCUGCUGCAGAGCCCUCUGCCCCACCAACAUCAGCACCAACAUCAGCACCAACAUCAGCACCAACAUCAGCACCAACACCAGCACCAACACCAGCAGCACCACCAACCCUUUCAGCUGCAGUCACUCCAGUCCCCCCAACACCCCCAGCAGAUUCCUCCAGGCCCCCCUCACCCCCACCAACAUCCCCACCAGAACUUCUCUUCCCAGCCCGGCCCCCCUCAACCCAUACAUCAACACCAACACUCCCAGCUCCCACCCCAGAACCGCUGGGUGGCUCCCCGGAACAGGGGCACCUUCAACCAGGGAGGGGUGGAGGGCUUUGGGAUGGGUGUUGGUGGGGUCCCCCUCAGUGCCUCUCCCUGCUCCGGGGAGGUGCACCCCGUGUUGGAGAAACUGCGGGCCCUCAACAACUACAACCCCAAAGACUUUGACUGGAACCUGAAGAACGGCCGCGUGUUUAUCAUCAAGAGCUACUCUGAGGACGACAUCCACCGCUCCAUCAAGUACUCCAUCUGGUGCAGCACCGAGCAUGGCAACAAGCGCCUGGACGGUGCCUACCGUUCGCUGGGGGCCAAGGGGCCCCUCUACCUGUUGUUCAGCGUCAACGGCAGCGGCCAUUUCUGCGGUGUGGCGGAGAUGCGCUCACCCGUGGACUACAACGCCUACGCAGGCGUCUGGUCUCAGGACAAGUGGAAGGGCAAGUUUGAGGUGAAGUGGGCGUUUGUGAAGGACGUGCCCAACAACCAGUUGAGGCACAUCAGGCUGGAGAACAAUGACAACAAGCCUGUCACUAACUCUAGGGACACUCAGGAGGUGCCUCUGGAGAAGGCCAAGCAAGUGCUUAAAAUUAUCGCAACUUUCAAGCAUACUACCUCAAUCUUUGAUGACUUUGCACAUUACGAGAUCCGCCAGGAGGAGGAAGAGGCCCUGCGGAGGGAGCGGAAUAGAAAUCAACAGUAACCUUACAGAGAACUCCCUGCUAGAAGUGAAACACUAAUGACGUAGGACCUUAAAUAAUUAGCCUAACCACACGGAACAAAGGGUUUUGCCAUCUUUUCUGCUGAAGACAACAACAACAAGACGAUGACGUAUCUCGUGACUUGAACACGACGACGGACUCAUCUGUAUCAGUUCUCUGGUGAUGUACCUGUGUUCCUGUCUGAAGAAAAAGAAAGAACAUUACUCACUUUAAACUCUCUAUUAAAGCACUUUCAGUCCUUCUAAAACAGCCUCUACCAAUACCCUUUACUCUCUAAUAACUCUCUUAUAUCUCUCUUAUAUCUCUCUUAUAUCUCUUUCUCUCUGGACUUCUGUUUGUUAUAACUAACUGACUAACCAGUGUAGUUGAUUUUUCUGAGGCUUUCACCAGACUUAUUUGUUGUUUUUUGUUAAGUUUUUAAUACCUCCCAAAUUUUGGGGAAGAAAAAUGUAGCUCCCCUCCCCCCAUGAACGUUAGCGCCUUCAGAAGAGAUUAAAAAAGGUAUAACAUGUGUAACAAAAUAUUUUGCUUGAAUCUGCACUUGGCUUCUGAUUGAUUGACAGGUGAGAGAAACGACAGGAAACGCCCAAAAGAAUACCAAUCAUUAGACGAACUCUCCCCUUACUCCCGCCCCUUUAUUUCUGCAUCUGUUUCUGUGUACCAAAAGGUGAGGUUGAUGAUGUAGUGAUCUGGGUGAACGCCAGUUAAUGCACAUGUUUGUUUCAUUUCUCGUGAUUAAUAUGUAACUCUGAAGUGCAUUUGUCUGAGGAGAAAUCUGCUCCGCGGUAACAGUCGCCUUGGUAGCUGUCGCCUUGGUAGCUGUCGGUAACUUGUCUUUUACUCUGUUGUUAAAGCACUGUACCGUACUUUAGGCUAAAGCUGGGGCCUGUUCAGGAGGCUGCAACAUUACACAACAUUCAGAUAGCAUAUGCGUUGUGUAGAAUAGAUAGGAUUCUCUGUUAUGUAGGGAAUCAGGGAAUCUUGUCAGCUCUACUAUACAUUAUGUUUCCAUCUGCAAUGUUGUGUAACGUUUCACCUUCUGAGCAGGCCCCAGGCUCUCUGUCUCUGUAACGCUUUUGGGAUGACCCUCCUCCCCUGGCGUUCCUGGCUCCAGGUAGAAGUUAUCAUUAACCACAGAUCUGGGAUCAGAUACUUUACCCCACAUCCUAACCUAAACCAUUAGGGGGAUGAAAAUAUAUCUGUUCCUAGAUCAGUGGUUAGGAGUGACUUCAGCCUACUGCCCAUUGCUGCUUGGUGUAACAGAGGGGUUUCCUAAAAGCUGAACAUCACCAAGGAAGUGAGCAUUUUCUCCUCAAGGUGUCUCGCUAGCGAAAAAUAAACAUGACCCAUGUUUAACGAAACAAAUGCUUCUGAGUUGUUACUUCCUGGGGAUUGAACAUAACAUAACAUAGUGCUUGGAGCUCUGCUGAAUGGGUACACACUGGACGUUAGACCUGAGACACAGCUGAGACUCAACUUCUCGUACAAAACUGACACCAAAUCAAGUGAAAUGCAUGAAAGGUUACUAACACUAGUACCGUGUCAUCCAUUUGAUGUUUCUGCACAUGAAC